AUGUCUGAGGAACUCGCAAAGAUCUCUCUCGAAGAAAUGGUCAACGAGAAGAUUGAACUCAUCGAUAAAUACCAGCAAUUUCAGCCAGUGACCCUGACCCCGAUUCUCUGGACUCCCGCUACCCUCCAAGCACUCCCGAGGGAAGUGUUGAUCAAGAUUGCCACAUACUUGAACGUCAUUAACCAAGCCUGCCUUGCUUUCACCUGCCGUCAUACUCAUCAGGUUUUGAGCGGAGCUUUGAGACUCAAUCCAGGCCAUGAGCGAUACAUAUUUCUUCGCCGUCUAGAACGAGGCGGAAUAAAAGACAGGACCUGGAAUGAGUACGAAGGUCCCAGAAGAUGUAUCCAGUAUGGCAAUGGACGGACGCUCGAAUACUUGCAGUCUCCCUAUCUCCCAAGGCAGGUCCACUUUGACAUUGUGGCCGCCAUCAUCCGGUCUUAUCGAUUCGACUCGGAGCUGUACGACAUCAAUUACCUUCUUUCGACUGACCAAUACACUGCUGGAAGGGCUAAGAUAACCAGUAAUGUGUCUACAAGACUUUACAAGGGAACACUUGUUCUGAAGACUGAGCUGGUGCUCUCUGCUGGCAAAAUGGCUUUCGCGUUGGAGAAUGUGGCGAAGCUAGAGAAGAUGCUUCAAAAGAGUACUAAACUCGAAAAUGUUUGCCAACAUGUAAAGUGGGCUGAAGUUUUGCCGUUUAUCUUUCGGCCUCAGCUUCGUACUGUUCAAAAGAACGGUCAGUCGUGCAUGGGAAAGCACCCCAGCCAGGAGUGCAAGAUUUCCGGCAAAGACCUACACACAUGCCUUUGGACCCAUAGUCAAAAAUACUACAAAAUCAGCCUUUCGCGUAAGCAAGGCAAGAGUUCAGAAACGAACUCUUUGGUCUUUACUUCAUGGAAGAAUUUGAGUCGAUGCACUAGCGUCUACAAUGAAGACUGGACAGCUCAUAUGAAUCUUGGCCUGCCUGAUUAUCAAAAACGGGCAACUGAGCUUUACAAUGUGGCAAGGUCAUUUGAAAAUCCUGCGAAGGGUCUUUUCGAUUUUGAGUACUAUCCUUCUGUGUAA